AUGAGCAACUGCUUCCAAGAGGAGGGCAGCUGGAGCCUGUGCUUCUCCGGCGCGGGCUUCCUGGGCCUCUACCACGUGGGCGUGACCCAGUGCUUGAGGGAGCGCGCCCCGCGCCUGCUCCAGGGCGCCGGCCGGUUCUACGGCUCCUCGUCAGGGGCGCUCAACGCCGUCUGCCUCGUCGUGGGCCAAUCAGCAGACUUUUGCUGCUCCAGUGUCCUGGGCUUGGUCCAGAAGGUGGAGCAGCUGAGUCUGGGCAUCUUCCACCCCGCCUUCAAUCCCACGGAGUACCUCAAGCGGCUACUGCAGCGCUCCCUACCUCCCGACGUUCACAUCCGGGCCUCCCAGAGGGUGGGCAUCUCGCUGACCCGCUGGCCGGGAGGCGACAACGUCAUAGUCACUGAAUUCGCCUCCCGCGAUGAGGUCAUCCAGGCAUUGAUCUGCGCCACAUACUUUCCUUUCUACUGUGGGACCAUCCCCCCCAAAUUCAGAGGGCAGCACUACUUUGAUGGGGGUCUGAGCAACAAUCUGCCCUUCUCCGACUCCCCCAACACCAUCACCGUGUCGCCCUUCACUGGGACAGUGGACAUCUGCCCCCCGAACACCUCGGCCAGCAUUCACGAGCUGCACGUCUGCAAUGCCAACUUCCAGAUCUCCACCAUGAACUUAUACUGGGGGUUCUCCUGCCUCGUGUGCCCCACCUUGGAGGUAACAGCUGAUAAAUGCCGACAAGGCUACCUGGACGCCCUGAGGUUCCUUGAGAGACGUGGACUCACCAAGGAGCCGGUGCUGUGGAUGUUGGUGUCUAAGGAGCCCCCAGCCCCAGCCGAUGAGACCCAGGACGCUGGUCAUGACCAAGGCCAGAAGGCAGGCCUGUCGCUCAACUGGGCAGUGCCCAACGUGACGGUCAAGGAUGUGCCCAACUUCGAGGUGCUCUCGCUGGAGCUGGAGACCGGACUGAAGAAAGCGUGCUUGAGGGAUUCCAGCCCCUGGGCCCGCUUCUGCCGGUCGAGCCUCGGGAGGGUGCUGACGUACCACUUGCUGCCCUGCACGCUGCCCUUCCAGUACACCUACUUCCAGACCAGACGGUUGGCAAUGUGGCUGCCUGACAUGCCGGACGACUUGUGGUGGAUGCAGGGGAUGCUGAGGAGCUUGGCCCUCGGGGUCUACUCCAGGACGAAGGACCAACUCCUGGGGCUGGUCAGCCCGCUGGUCACCAGCCCCCUCCAGCCUGAGGCAGCUCCCCCUGUGGACCUGGCCACGAAGCCCUGA